AUGACCUCUUACAGAACAGAAAACUUGCAUAUAGCAGAGCUCAACCAGCUACUGUUAGACUCUGGUCUAACCUGUGAGCGAUCGACAUUGGAGUCGGAGGAAUCGUCAGAAGAAUCCGAGGAAACUGAGAAAAAAGUGCAAAUCACAGAGGUCGAGAGCGAUGUGACAGAGACCUUAGCGGAAGAACGGACAGCAUUCCUCGCGGAAGAGAUAGAAGAGGAGUCGCCUAAGGUAUUCCCCACAUCGUCUUUGCGGAGAGUGCUGCCCGAUAAAAUAAGAAGCAUCGAGAAGCAGAACAGAAUACACGUCCUACCCGAUGAGUUCAACCGGGACGUAGAUCCGUUGAAGGUACCGAAAAUAGCCAACACUCCCGCUCAGGUUUACAUAAGCGAAUUGGCCGAACUGACCGGCUGUAAAGAUUACAAAAGCAGCUUGGCGGAGUACUGGUUCCUCGACACCCUGGCCAAUUUGCUGAGCCGGGCGCAGAAAGAUCGACUGGAUAAGGGUAGA